AAUCAUUACAUUGGCGGAAACGGGCUUCCAUACCAUUGACUCUCUGACCUCAGAUUGAACCUCUCUCAGGAAACGGCGGCUCCAUCUCCAGACUAGCACAGCAGCAAAGGCGGGGACGCCAGAUAUCAUCACAAACAUAGAUGUUUGUAACCAAAGCCAGUUUAUUUAAAGAAUAUCAGGCUCGCUGAAAAAGGAAGAAGCAUUACGCCGACAACUGAUGCACAAGAUGCCUGGUCAACUUGACAACUUGAAGCCCAGAAAGAGGAAGAGCAGCUCCAGAAAGCCACAGGCUUCUACUACAAGGAGGAGAUGUAUGAAAAGUCCAGAGACACAGCCAGCCGCAGAGAGCAGCUCAGUAGUCAGUGGUUACAGCAAAGCAGACGAUCCUCUAGAGACACUCUCCUGCAUCAGCUGUGAAUGCCACCAGUCUGCAGGCAGGAGGAGAUGCUCAGCAUCACCAGAGCUCGAGGGACAGGAGGGCAAAGAAAACGGACUGAGGACGGAGCUGGACAGCUGCGAAGUGAACAGCGUGUGGGACAAACAGGAGUCUGAGGACAUGGAUUGUGAAGAAACCAGCAAAAACAUCUUCCCAGAUGACGACAGUAAUCAGAUUCUUCCUGUGGAGCAGUUCUUUGGAAACUUAGAUGUUGUACAGGACUUCCCUUACAAAUCGUCGGAGAGUUCCGUCCACGUUCAGAAGGAGAACAGGAGACGGCAUUACUACGCACGAGAGGACAGCGAGGAAGAGGAGGCAGGCCUCAGCAUCGUGCAGCGAGAAGACACUUAGUGAAGAGUAACUGCACUGAUAACUGUUGUGAACUCACAGUCGUGCUUGCUGAAGGACAUACAACGAUCUGCGCUUCCGAACGCUCUCUCUAGUACAGCAUGAGUGGCGGUGCUCAUGACUCACUGGUAGGGGUGUAACAAUUACCGGUGUUACGGUAAACCACGGAAAAAAUGUUGACAAUAACAUUACCGUUGUCAUUUAAAAAAUCGUUAUCACGGUGGAUUACCACGGUGUGGAAACCGUGUGUCUCAUCCUUCCCCGCUUCAUACCAUGUCUCCUGAAGUUGCAACGUAAGCGCACUGUGUAGCCUACUGGAAGUUGGAAUCAUGGCGGAAGGAGGAGAUGACAGCUCUCAGGACAUUUAUCAACCCUCUAAGAGGGCUAAGUCUGAAACAUGGGCAUAUUUUGGUUAGUAGAAUGCCGAAGGAGUUGAUUGAAGAUAGUUAUCCUGUCUGCAGAACGUGAAGGAAAAAGUUGCGGCUAAAGGCAUUGCACACACUUUUAAAAAUACCAAAAUAAUACAGAAAACCGUGACAACUUUGGUCACUGUAACCGUGAGGUUACAUUUUCUUACCGUUACAUCCCUUUUCACUGGUAAUGAAGUUGCCCACUGCGAUGUGAGUGAGAGAGGCAUGAACUUGCUGUAGCUAUAUCUGCUGUUAGCCUACUAUCAUUGUAUGAGUAUAUUUGCUUUAAGCCUGCUUCCAUUACCCCGACAUGAGCUGAAGAGAUUCAUCACAACUC